GUCGCGCAUAUAUGUAUUUCAAGCACGCCAAAACACCUCAGACGUAGAGACGGUGUGAUAAAUACUAUCAAAAUCAGGUUUUCGUCCUACCCGGUCUCCGAUAAGCUGACGGAGUGAGUACAGAGUGGAAUUUGCUCGUUUUUUUGCCAAAUUCCCCAACAUUACAGCAGCAACAAGCUGACAAUCUGUUAAGUGUCACUGUUGUGAUUUUUGAAAAAAGAAAGGGCAUCGGACAGGCUUAGACGUGUGUAAAACCUCAACCUAAAUCUAGUACACCUUGCAAAAUGGGUAUACCAAAGUUCUAUCGCUGGACGUCGGAAAGAUACCCUUGUCUUUCGGAAAGAAUCAAGGAAUAUCAAAUUCCAGAAUUUGACAAUUUGUACUUGGAUAUGAAUGGAAUUAUUCACAAUUGCUCGCAUCCAAACGAUGAAGAUAUCCAUUUGCGAAUCCCUGAGCAGCAAAUAUUUAAGGAUAUUUUCCACUAUAUUGAUUUUUUAUUUAAGAUGAUCAAGCCCUGCAAAGUGUUUUUCAUGGCUGUCGAUGGAGUUGCUCCUCGUGCCAAGAUGAAUCAGCAACGGGGUCGACGGUUUAGGUCGGCUCGACUUGCGGAAGAUCAAGAAGCAGAGGCGAUCCGGCAAGGAGAAACCUUGCCAUCGCAGGAACGAUUUGAUUCUAAUUGUAUUACGCCAGGAACCGAGUUUAUGGCAAGAUUACACGAGCAGUUAAAGUAUUUUGUUCAAGUCAAAGUUUCUACGGACCCUCUAUGGCAAAGAUCAGGACUUGUGAUCUAUUUGAGUGGUCAUGAUGUACCCGGGGAAGGGGAACAUAAAAUUAUGGAUUUUAUCCGACAUGAGCGUUCUAGAGCAGAUUAUGAACCCGUUCGUCAUUGUCUUUACGGGUUAGAUGCUGAUCUUGUCAUGCUUGGAUUAUCAACUCACGAACUACAGUUUUCACUUUUAAGAGAGGAAGUUAAAUUUUCAAGACCUAGAAAACCAAAAAAAGGUGUAAAACAAGCAAUUCCUCCAAAGCCAAAUAACGACACUGCCAAUUAUGACUUGACGAAUGUGUCGAUAUUCAAAUAUGACCAAAAUGGUGUCCCUGGUAGUUUGCCAACAUCAUCUGAAUCUGCAGAGAUUGUUGAAAGUGCAUUGCUGAAAGAAGGACAGUCAUUUUCUGAUGCAAUUGAUAAACCAUUAGAACAAUUGUCAUUGCGUUCUGAGGCUCCUCCUGCUUCUGCACAUACAAGCAACAAGGAUGAUAGCGCGCCACCCCCACCCCCUGAAGAAUCAGGAGCAAAAGGAUUUUUUAAAGCUCCCCUACCCGAGAAAACAACAUUUCUUUUACUACAUCUAUCAUUAAUGCGAGACUAUAUUGACUUUGAAUUUCAAGAUUUAAAGAAAAACUUGGCCAAUCAUCCAAACAUACAGUACGACCUUGAGAGCGUUAUUGAUGAUUGGAUUUUAAUGAAUAUUUUGGUCGGCAACGAUUUUGUCCCUCAUCUUCCUCACGUACAUAUUGUGAAGGGAGCUCUUCCCAUGCUGUAUCAACUAUAUUCUCAAGUUCUGCCUACUCUCGACGGUUACAUUAAUGAAAAUGGUUUAUUAAAUUUACGCCGAUUUGAAAUUUUUAUUAAUAAAUUAAGUCAAUUUGACAUUGAAACGUUCCGUGACACAUAUGACGAUAUGAAGUACAUGGAAUCGAAGACGGGCAAGAAUAUCGUUCUUGGAGAGAAAAUGUUUGAAGGCUUCGACUUUGACGGAGAUAACUUUACGGAAGAGCCUCUGGAACCCACAAUGUCUCCAGAGCUUAAAGCAUUGGCGGAAAGGACCGAAGAGGAAGUGUUUGGUGAGACAAAGGACGGUCCAGGGAAAUUAUGCACGGAUGUGUUUGGUAUUGAUGAUAAAUAUUUCAACUCUGGCGAUUCACCGGAAUUGAGGCUCGAAUUUCUUCAACAUAAAAGAAAUUACUACAUUUCAAAACUUCACUUUGAUGAAAUUACUCCAGAGUUUUUACAAAUUUUUUGUAAAGAGUACAUUCGAGCUAUCCAGUGGGUGCUUUUGUAUUAUUACAAAGGUGUUAGCUCCUGGGGUUGGUUUUAUCCAUACCACUAUGCUCCAUUUUGUUCCGACUUGAAAAAUUUUGCAAACUUUUCAAUUGAAUUUGACAUUGGAAAUCCGUUUCGCCCAUUUGAACAGUUGCUCGCUGUCCUGCCCGCUCAAAGCAAGAAGUUGCUUCCAAAUUGUUAUCAGUGGCUAAUGACUGAUACAAAAUCUCCAAUUGUUGACUUUUACCCUGAAAAAUUUGAGCAAGAUCUGAAUGGGAAGAAACAAGAUUGGGAAGCAGUCGUCCUCAUUCCUUUCAUAGACGAGCAAAAGUUAUUGGAUGUUAUGAAAAUUGAAGAAAUCAAUUUAAACCGAGAAGAGUUGCACCGCAAUUCUAAAGGAACAAUGAUGUUGUGCAGCUAUACACCAGAGGAAACUGGUCCUAUAAAAUCUGCUAGCAAUUUGUUUCCAGUUUUGGAGUCAUCACAUGUAAAAAUCGAAACUAUGAAUGAUGUUACAUACGACCCUCUAACUCUACCAAAAGGAAUUCACCCCAAAACGAAAAAGGACACAAUCUAUCAAGGUUUUCCCACUUUGAAGUCUAAACCGAUCAAUGCUAUCAUUGAUAAAGCUGACAUCAAAGUCUUUGAUUUUGUAACUCGGGAGGAGUCUAUGAUUCUGAGCCUUGAAGACGUGAAGGAUGACCCUGCAGAUAUUGCAGCCUUGUCGAGGAAACUUAUUGGGCGUACUGUUUGGGUUAAUUGGCCCCAUUUGACAUUCGCAUAUGUAACUGGGAUUUUAACUUACAAAGGAAAAUAUUUCCAAGAUUAUGCUGGGAAAAUAAUGCUUGAUAACGAGUUAAUUGGAAGCAGGGUGGAAAAAGAGUUUAACGCAAUUGCAAAGGGACUUUCUCAGCGACAUUUAAAAUGCAAAGGAAUCAAACUCGGAGAAAUCAAAGUGAUUGUGUAUGCAAAAAUGAUGGAAGGUCGGAAAGUACGCUGCAACAAUUCUGGUGAUGUAGAAUUUGAAACCCUUUGGUCAAAACUUCAACAACCUUUUGCACUGAAAACUUGCAUGUACGAAGAAAAUAUCACAGAAAUAUUCUAUCUGGACAGGCAACUGGCCAAGUCAUAUACUGAACUAUUUAAAAUUGGAGACGAUGUGUUUUAUUUGGGGGAUAAAUUGUUUGGGGCUCUUGGAACAGUAGUAGGUUAUGAUGUGCCAAAGAAAUCUGUGUUAGUAGACUUUAAGGUUGUCCCAGGUAGCAACAACAAUAAUAGUGAAGUCAAUUUAAAAAGUUGUGUCGGUCACAACAUCUUAAAAAGUCACGAUUACUUCAGUUCAUAUGCAGCAGCCGGAAAGUGUCAAAUCAGUUCCUACGUUCUCUCCAGAAUUACUGGCACCGUUUUUGUUUCUGUUGAAAAAGAAACCAAAGCCAAUAAUAAAAUGUUGGCAAAGAAAGCAGCAGCACUGGCUAAACGGGGAUCUGGAACCGAUGUUUCCCCCACCGAUGCAAGCAACUCAUCGUCAGAUGAUGACUUUCCAGCUUUAGAAAUGAGGAAGAUUAAUGUAGGUCUCGACUUGAAGUUCAACAAGAAAAACCUCGAAGUUCGUGGCUACACGUCCAAGCGAGACGGUGCUUGGUUUUAUUCAGGGAAAGCCGUUCAACUCGUUAAUGAAUUUGUGAUGGAAUUUUCUGACUUUAUAAGUUUUUUAAGUCGAGUUGAAAAGGGACGAGAUGUAUUUGAUGCUGGAGAAUUUUUCCCUGAUAAACCAUUAGAAAGAAUAAAUGAGAUGGUAGAAUGGCUGGAAGAAAAAGGAGUUCGAGAUUUACCAAGAAUUCCAACCAACACCAAAUUACUUGAUGAUGAAGACAUUGACUCUGUUUGGAAGUAUAUCUUGAAACAUAAGAGCCCAUCUAAAAAGACAACUAUAAAAAAAUGGACCGUCCAGCCGAAUUUUCUAUUAAAGCCUGGACUCGAUCGAGGUUGUGUUCCACCAAUUCCUCAUUGUUCUUAUACCAUAUUGGACCGAGUGAUUUGUGUUGACCGAGGAGCGCCUAUUCCUGUGGGCCGGCGUGGGACCAUUGUUGGAAUUCAAACUCCACAAGCUUCUGAACCGGAACAAAUUGAAGAAUCUUUCAAGUCUACUGGAGCAGCCACACUAAUGACAUUAAUCAUUCUUUGCGAUCCAGCCGCGGAUGUUUUUGAUAACCCAGAAAAUGUUGAGCUCAGCAACAGCGAACGGAAAGAAUUAAGUGGAACCCUAGCAUCACUAUUACGGAUAACUGAUCCUGGUCAAGAAACAGUUGGUUUUGAGAUGCCCAAAGCUAGUAAAAGAAGUGUAUCUUCAGAUUUGAAACCCCGUUUAAUAAAACUUUAUCCAUACCAACUCCUUAACCUCACAGAAGGCCCAGUUACUCUGCGUCAAAGCCACAAGGAUUCAAAACAAUUGCAGACUAUCACUGGCUUUCAUAUGAAUGGACAUGUAAAGCAGCCCCAAAAGUUGCAAGAAUUGACACAAAACAGAAUUGUUCCUCUAAUGUCUCAAUCAGUGGGAACUAUUCAGUCACGGUCUUCGGCUCCAGGCCAGUCUUCCUCUGCAAAAAACAAUAAGGACUUUGUCCCAUUCGAAAGCAAACGAGUCCAAGCUUCUAAACAAAAGCAACAACUGGCACCUGUACCCCAGGAUUACACUAAUAAACCAUCUAAACCAGAGCAACUCAACAAGGCUCAAAUACAGAUAAUGGGUAGAGUGAGUAACAAUGGAACCUUAGACAAAACAGCUAAGGCUUUGCCCUGGCCACCACAACCUCUGGUAAAAGUUGAAGUGCCGAUUAACGAAUCGUUCUCUGUAGCCGCUUUUCUUCAGCAACAAUUUAAUGCUGCGCCAAUAAAUAAGCAAAAAGAAGUUCAUAAUAAACAACAGCCCCCUCCUGCCCAUCCUCCAGUUGAAACAGCAAUAAAAGAACCACCUCUGCCAGAAUACAUGCAUGCCGUUCCUAAACCACUGAUGCCAGCCAUUAAUGUCCGUCCGAAACAAGUCAAUCAAUCGAAUCCGCCAAAGGGAUGUUCAGAGAUUUUUUCUGCAGCAACAGCUUAUCACCCACCUUCUGUACAUCCUGAAUCAAUUCCCGUGGUACAGCCUACAGCAGCACACGGAAGUCAGGAACCUAAUCAAAUUUUGGAAAUGUUGAACAAGGCUACAACCCGUCACUAUAAUUCUAAAAAGCCUCGAUCUCAGCAGCAACAGCAAAGUAGGAAAGGAAAAGGACCAGGUCCUUCAGCUCCGCCCGUCAACUUGCCAUUUUCAGCAUGUCGACCACCCGUCCCAAGUCCCCCCUCAAAUUGGACUCAACAUAGAUAUGCUGCUCCAAUCGUACCUACAAAUUCCACGAAUCAUCCUCAGAGGGAACAAAGACAACACAACUUUCAUUCUAGACAAUUUGUUUCUCAAAGGUUCUUUGUGCCACUGCAAGUGUCUCGGAAUGCUUCUACUGCUUCUAGUAAACGCCAACCUAACCCUCGUAUCCCACAAACCCCGUCCAAUAAUAGAGCUGAACAAUUGCCGGAGAAACAAUUAGCAGGAGAUUCUAUUUCGCAACCUGGAUCAAGUAGUAAAACAUCGACAGAAACGGUGAGUAAAAAGGAACCCGUACUAAAGCUGGCACCAGUUGAACCCCAGGAGUCUGCUCCGACCACAUCAUCUGCCGAAACAUCGAAACCACAAGGUCGAAAAUCUCGUUUGGCAGCCAACUUUGGAAAUAAUUGUUAAAAUAUUUUGGAUUAGGAAUAAUUGCAAGAAGUUUGGUAUAACAUGUUGUUAGAAAUGGAAAGAUUAUCUACUCAACUUUGCGACUUUACGUACACAUAUUCCGAAUUUUAUAAUAGUCCAUAAUAAUUAAUGCAGGUAUGAUUCAUGCAUUUGUAUGCAUGAUGACACAAAAUCGGACGACCCAAUUCAAUAAUAAUUAUUAUAUUACACAAUUACACAAUAGAUUUCUAUAAAACUAUAAAUAUAAAACUCACUCGUAGUCUUUUUUAGUUGGUACUCUAAAUUAUUUUGAAUGGUACCAUUUUGUAAAAUGGGCAAUGGAACGUGAUUUCGUAAUAGAUACUGAUUUUAUGUUAAAAUAAAAUAAUCUCAAAACAUG